GUUUACUACACUGUUUGAUGGAUCGAUCAAAACUUCAAACCAACCACAAUUUGCAUCUGCAGCCAAUUAUAACAAAUCCUGCAGAGAAGAGAAGGUGAAGAAUUGAUUGAGGGAUGAAUGCAGAGAGCUUGGCGGUUUCAGCUUCCAUCAACAUUGGCUUAGCUCUGUUGAUCCUAACUCUCUUUUCUGUACUCAGAAAGCAGCCUUCUAAUGCUCCCAUAUACUAUGCCCGUCUCCUCUCUCAGCACCACCAAAUUUCCUUCGACAACCGCUUCUUUGGUUUUCGCCGCCUUAUUCCCUCCGUCGCCUGGAUCCGCCGUGCCCUUCAUGUUACUGAGGACGAGAUUCUUGAUACCUGUGGUCUUGAUGUCUUGAUCUUCAUUAGGCUCUUUAAAUUCGGGAUCAAUUUCUUUUUGGUUUGCUCUGUAGUUGGAUUACUGGUCCUGGUUCCUCUUAACUAUAUAGCCGGUGAUGGACAGCCAUCGAGACGUUCUCAUUCCAUGGAUGCUUUCACCAUAUCGAACAUUCGCAAGGGCUCUAACUGGCUUUGGGUGCAUUGUUCGUGCUUGUACUUUGUGUCGUGUUAUGGAUUAUACCUUCUUUACAAGGAGUAUGAUAAUAUUUUGCUCAUGAGGAUUCAUCAGCUACAUAAUUUGAGGCAUCAACCUAAUCAGUUCACUGUUUUGGUCCGAGAAAUUCCAUUGUGUGAUGAACACAAGGCUCGUGACUGCUCUGUAGACCACUUCUUCUCGAAAUAUCAUCCGCAUUCAUAUCAGUCUUAUCAGAUCCUAUAUGAUGGAAAGAGUCUCGAGAAACUAUUGAGCCAGGCAAAGUCUAUGAGGAGAAAGAUUGAGAGCUUAGGGCAUCAUUCACUGACUGAAAAAAACAACAGAAACUCCCCUCUUUCAGAGGCACUGAAAAAUGAUGCGGAAAUAGAGGAACUGAAGGAAAUGCUUCAAGAACUUGCAGAGAGGAUAAAGCACACACAGAGUAAAGAAGUACUUCAGGAAAAGGAGUUGCCUGUUGCCUUUGUCACAUUCAAAUCACGGUGGGGUGCUGCUUUGGCAGCCCAGUCUCAACAGAUCUCAAACCCUCUUCUAUGGAUAACUGAAAUGGCUCCAGAACCAAGAGAUGUACUAUGGAGUAAUUUGGCAAUUCCAUUUAGAUACCUGCCUCUUUACAAAUUUGGGGUUUAUGUAUCGGCAUCACUACUUACAAUCUUCUUCGCUGUACCUGUCACGGCCGUUCAGGGAAUUGCAAAAUUUGAAAGAUUGAAGAAAUGGUUUCCUCCCGCCAUAGCCGUGCAGUUGAUACCUGGAUUAAGGUCUAUUGUGACAGGAUAUCUUCCGAGUGUCAUUCUGAGUGGUUUUAUAUACGUCGUUCCAUUUGCUAUGAUAGGAAUGGCAAGAUUAGCCGGUUACAUCUCAAGGAGUACGAAGGAUAUAAAAGCAUGCAAUAUGGUUUUCUAUUUCCUUGUCGGAAACGUUUUCUUCUUAAGCCUUUUAUCAGGAUCAUUACUUGAUCAGAUUGGGGAAUCUUUCAGCCAUCCAAGGGAUAUUCCUGGUCGUCUUGCCAGUGCUGCUUCUGCUCAAGCAGAUUUUUUCAUGACGUACAUCCUGACCAAUGGGCUGUCAGGAUUUUCUCUGGAGGUUCUUCAGCCUGGAUUGCUUAUCUGGGAUGCAAUGAAGUCAAAUACAUGGGACCGAGGGAAGAAGAAACAACCUUAUCUUUAUUCACUACCUUAUUACCGAGUAAUUCCUUCUGUUGCUCUUUGCAUAUUGAUUGGCACGGUGUAUGCGGUUGUCUCACCAUUGCUUCUCCCAUUUCUUGUUGCCUAUUUCUGUCUCGGCUACAUUGUGUUCAUAAACCAGACUCAAGAUGUGUACAUAACUACAUAUGAAACAUGUGGUCAAUAUUGGCCUUACAUUCAUCACUACGUUCUCAUUGCAAUCGUUAUCAUGCAAAUAACGAUGAUUGGCCUUUUUGGAUUGAAGUUGAAGCCUGCAGCAUCUUUUGCCACCAUACCUCUCUUGGUUUUCACUAUAUUCUUCAAUGAAUACUGCAAGGCCCGUUUCCUUCCUAUGUUCAACCACUGCUCGGUUAAGGACGCAAGGGAUAGGGAUGAAUACGACGAGAAGACGGAUUUGAUGGAAGCUAAUCUUCAAAAUGCCAUCGACGCGUAUUGUCCUCCCUGUUUGCGCCCUCUUGAUCUUGAAGACAUGGAAUCAAGUCGGUUGCAGCCAUUGAUAUCCCCCAGAUAAAUCAUUCUGCCUCAUCUUUUACAUUCCUGAUUGUGCAUUGCCUGCUUCAAGUUUGAUUGGAGUUUGAAUUUUGACACUGUUAGCUGCUGCUUUUAGAGCCUCAAAUGUUUUUGUAGACUCGCAGAGAGAAUGUUGAGGAUAUUUGAUCCUACCAGCUACUCAAGAUUGAUUUUCUUUU